AUGCAAUCUAGAAUGGUUACGCUUGUCGUUGUCAUUCUAUCGAUGAUUGUUGUUCAAUCAAGUUCUGUGGUAAAUCCAUGCACGAACUAUUGCUCGAUGGGUGGCGUUUGUCUUAAAACAAAUCAAGGUCCCAAAUGUGUCUGUUUACCAAAUUGGACAGGACUACGAUGCCAAAUUCAGAAAAAAAACGAAACCAUCAAUCUCGUCGACCUUGCACAAGCUGAGCAAAUACAAGUUCGUAACAGUUUGUGUCUUCUCCUUGUCCCUGAUUAUUGUAAGAAUGGAGGAAUUUGUUAUGCUAAUGAACAAGGAUUUGGUUGUCAUUGCCCGUAUGACUAUACUGGAGAGCGAUGCGAACACCCUUCACCAUGUUACCAAUACUGUUUACACGGAGGUCUAUGUUAUUUUACUAAUAAUGGUCAACCAAAAUGCUUUUGUCCAUCGGAAUUGGAAGGUGACCGUUGUGAAAGAAAUAAGACAACCUGUGAAAAGUUGUCUGCUGAUCAUUGUAAACCUGGAGUCUGUGUUACACGUGACGAUUCAUCAUUCUGUGUAUGUCCUCCAACAUUUAUUGGUGAGAGAUGUGAAAUAUCACUGAUUUCAACAACAACAAAAACACCUUUGGGUUCUUGCACUCCAACAACAUGCAAGCAUGGUGGUGUGUGCCGUAACAUUGGUAAUUCGUAUCUCUGUUAUUGUCAGAAACCAUAUGCUGGCACUAACUGUCAGUAUUAUGCAGGUUAA